AUGAGCUUACAAAUAUCUCGAGAUCAGUGUGUUUACACAUCUCAUUAUUGUGAAGAAAACGUGUACAAACUCAUUGAAUUGAUAAAAAGGAACUAUAGUUCGACCGAGAUCUAUGCGGUUUUCAUAUCUAACCAUUCAAAAAAAGUUCCGCUAUUCUACCAAAAAUGCGGCCGUUCUCCUGAUGGUGUAGCAGUUUGGGAUUAUCAUGUCAUUGUCAUUCUUCGAUUCAACGGCGACGUCAAAUUCCACAUUUGUGAUCUUGAUACGACACUGGAUUUCCCUUGUGAUGCAUCUGCGUAUUGGUCGCUAGCUAUUAGGCCUAAUUCCUUUUACAGAGGAGAAUACCAUCGUUUCUUUCGGAUUAUCGAUGGGGAGAUGUAUCUUCGGUAUUUCGCUUCCGAUCGAAGUCAUAUGCGAACUUCAGAUGGCUGGAUGGCUCCUCCUCCCAGUUAUGAUGCCAUUUCAACAUCAGAAUCAACGCAUAAUCUCCCACAAUACAUGGACUUCCCACCUCCUUCUGAUUGUUCGGUUUCCCUUUUGAAACAACAAUUGGAUUCUGCUCCUUUUGGUGUGGUUACCACGGAAAGCGUCUUUUGUAACUUUUUUGGAAUAGGCACUUGA